UUAUAAAGAUAAUAAAGGCUUUGUGACGUUUCCACAUCAAAGUAAAAUCUAGUACUGAGUUCUUUUUUCUUUCAUUUAAUGCCUAUUGGUGUUCCAAAAGUACCUUUUCGAAGUCCUGGAGAGGAAGAUGCAUCUUGGGUUGACAUAUACAACCGACUUUAUCGAGAAAGAUUACUUUUUUUAGGUCAAGAGGUUGAUAGCGAGAUCUCGAAUCAACUUAUUGGUCUUAUGAUAUAUCUCAGUAUCGAGGAUGAUACCAAAGAUCUGUAUUUGUUUAUAAACUCUCCUGGUGGAUGGGUAAUACCGGGGGUGGCUUUUUAUGAUACUAUGCAAUUUGUGCAACCAGAUGUACAUACAAUAUGCAUGGGAUCAGCCGCUUCAAUGGGAUCUUUUAUCCUGGUCGGAGGAGAAAUUACCAAACGUCUAGCAUUCCCUCACGCUUGGAUCAGGGUAAUGAUCCAUCAACCUGCUGGUUCUUUUUCUGAAGUAGCAACGGGAGAAUUCAUCCUGGAAGUGGGAGAACUGCUGAAACUACGUGAAACCCUGACAAGGGUUUAUGUACAAAGAACGGGCAAACCCCUAUGGGUUGUCUCCAAAGACAUGGAAAGAGAUGUUUUUAUGUCAGCAACAGAGGCCCAAGCUUAUGGAAUUGUUGAUCUUGUAGCGGUUGAAUGACAAUAGCAUAGCCUGGAUUUCGCAUCAAUUCGUGAUUUUAAAUUACCCCUGCCGAGUUUCAUAUUAAUAUAUUAUGACUUUUAUUUACUAUUCUAUUCACUAAAAGGAAUUCAUAAUCAUGCGGUUAGGAUCGAUCUAAACCAGUCCAUUAUGUAUAUGAUUCAACAUGCCAACGAUUAAACAACUUAUUAGAAAUACAAGACAGCCAAUUAGAAAUGUCACAAAAUCCCCCACGCUUCGGGGAUGCCCUCAGCGUCGAGGAACAUGUACUAGGGUGUAUGUGCGACUCGUUCAGAUCAUGAACUAGAACAAAGGAAAGAGAGCCAUGUUCGAAUAUCAAUGAUCAAAUAGGAUAGAACGGAAAACGAACUACAUUUCCUAUCUAAAAAUAAGAAAAUGGAGCAUAUCCCUUUUAUUGUGUAUGAAAUUUAUGGUUUCUAUUGGUGUAAAUCCACUCACCUCAAUUCAUGAUGAGAAGCAAUUCUCCAUUGGUAGCAAAUGGUUAUCCAUUAAGCGGAGGAAAUCUUAGUUAAUAUAGACCCCUCUUGCAAGAACGGACUAACACGGUCAGCUACCCAACCAACCUUCAUAAUUAAAUACCGUUACUGUAUAGGUAGAGCUCGUUGUGAAAGACCUAUUACUGGAUAAUUCAUGGGUAGAGCCGAAGAAUGUGAACUAUACAAGUUAGCAAUAACAUUGAUUAAAUGAAGUAAAGGCUCCGGUGUAUAGAGAAGACCUCACCGUUUAAGAAGUAACCAUAGAAACGAUGGAAUCCACUAUUUCUUUAUCAUUGCUAUUUUUUCUAUUUAUUUUUAAUACCUAGUCUAGUACAAUUUCGUAUUUCGAGGCGAAACGCCUAUAAAAAAGAAAAAAUCGUGGUUGGGAAGGUUAUAGUAGCCAAAGCCGUUGGAAUUUUUAGUUUAUACAUUGGAAAAAUCCGUUUUGUUAUUAAUAUACUAGGAAAGGGGCAAAAGAAUAACUGAAAGAAAGGAAAUCUAUUAGUUAUUCGUGAAAGUUUCAUUUAUUCAAUGACCAGAAUUAGACGGGGAUAUAUCGCUCGGAGACGUAGAACAAAAAUUCGUUUAUUUGCAUCAAGCUUUCGGGGGGCUCAUUCAAGACUUACUCGAACUAUUACUCAACAAAAAAUAAGAGCUUUGGUUUCGGCUCAUCGGGAUAGGGAUAAGCAAAAAAUCAAUUUUUGUCGUUUGUGGAUCACUCGAAUAAAUGCAGCAAUUCGUGAAAGGGGGGUAUGCUAUAGUUAUAGUAGAUUAAUAAACGGUCUGUACAAGAGACAGUUGCUUCUUAAUCGUAAAAUACUUUCACAAAUAGCUAUAUCAAAUAGGAAUUGUCUUUAUAUGAUUUCCAAUGAGAUCAUAAAAGAAGUAGGUUGGAAGGAAUCCACCGGUUAAACGGAGUUGCCCGAAGAAUGAACUCCGGGAAGGUCGAAUAAAAAUGAAUAGAAUAUGAUAAAAUAUGAGAAAGUAGUCAAAAUAAAUAUGAAUCAACAAGUUAAAUAAAAAAAUUUAUUCUUCCCAGAUUAUUAUUUGUUUUCUUACGACAUGAGAAUUCAAUCCGGAUUCUUGGAUUUUUCCAACAAAAUAUCAAUCCCCGUUUGAGUUCGGAUGGGAAUUCGAAUUCAAGUGAAUAAAGAGUAAACCUAUCUUUUUCUGGCUCUAAGACUAGGAGUUCUAGUGGUCGACUCGGUUCUUUCAAAUUGUUUCUCAUUAUUAAGAAAAGGUAACAAAGAUAAAAAUACGAGCUUGUUUUAUAGCAAUAGUAAUUAAUCGUUGUUGUUUCAAGGUCAAUCUAUUCACUCGUCUAGAUAAUAUUUUUCCCUGUUCACUAAUAAAUCGACUAAUUAAACUCAUGUUUUUAUAAUCAAUUCAAUCCCCCGAUUGGAUCGGGGGCAAACACCUACGAAAAGAUCGCUUGGAUUUAAGAAAAGUUCGCUUGGAUUUAUCCAUGGUUUGGUUAGUUUAUUUCUUAUCCCUAAAAUCCUAUUUUAGCCGUAUCUCUAAUUAGAAUAAAAAAAAUAGGAUUUGGUUUGUUUAUAAUUAUCUUUAACUAUGUUAAAUAUGUUAUAUAUAUAAUGUCAUUUUUUCCUUUUCCUUGUAAGAUAGAUAAGGGCGCAGGUGCUCGGUUCGAUCUAUUUCUUUACCUCCCCGUGAAUCGUAUGUUUGUAACAAUAUGGACAGAAUUUUCGCAACUCCAAUCGAUUAGGCGUAUUGUGCCGGUUCUUUUGAGUAAUAUAUCUGGAAAUGCCCGUUGAUGCCUUAUUAACAUUAACACCGUUUCGAACACAAGCGGUACAUUCCAAAAGAACCGGUAUUCGCACAUCUUUACCCUUGGCCAUGAACCUCCUUUGGAUUUUUCAUUUACUCAACUCUUCCUCUUUCAAUCCGAAACGAAAAAGAAGAAAGGAA